AUGAUAUACGAGGACCUUUCGGUAUCGAUCACGAAUACGCAAGGAAAACCACUAGAAGAAUUCAAACAGCUGUCCACGGAAGAAAACUCGGUGGAUAUCAAACUCGAUGGGAAGAAGGUCUCAAGCGGAGGUUUGAGGCCAUCGAAGAUUUCCCGCGGUAUUCCUGGGAUAAAAGUUGGGAUGACGGUAGCCAAAGGCUUAAAGCGUUACUAUGUAUUUGGACGCCAUACUAUUACAGACCGGGAAGACCUCGCCCAGCCUGAUGACCCAGGAAGAGAACUAAUGGGUACCAUCCAAGUUACGCUUUCCUGGUCCAAGUAUGGCAGACCACAACGCCGAUAUGAGCCAUACCGAAACCCUGAAGAACCUAGAUUCGUCCAUGAACGUGCGGUUAAGAAAGGUCAUCUUGGAUCGGCGACUCUAGGUGCUCCCAUUCGCAAGAGUCAUUGUAGUGGACGUGUGUGUGAAAGAGAGGAUGCGGGAUUUCCAAAAGUGGUAUUUUUAUUUCGUUAUGGCCCCAGAGAUUGGCUCGAAGCGAAGGAUAUCAUCAUCGUGGAACGUUACCCAACCACACGAGAUUCCAAACCUAAAUCUACCCGCCGGACAAUUAAAAAGGAACGCGAACUUACCACUUCAGCGUCUAUUGCAGAGACACUCAAAUCACAUUCGAGCAUGACAUGUCAAGGUCAGAGUCAAGGAAGAUCGGACGAAAUAAUUGACGUUGACGCCUUGGAUUCUGACAAUGAUUCCGAUGUUGUUGUGUUGAAUGAUCCUGUUGAGCCAAAGGUAUUCGGCAAAGGAGUCAAGACUGAAACAUAA